GUGGUUCCACGUUUGUUUGGUAAAACAAACGGCCACGUGUAAUUUUGUGCUCUGGCAGCAUAAUAAUUACUAUUGUAUUAUUAUUAUUAUAAUUGUUAUGCUGCAAAUGAUGAUUUAAGUUUUUUGAAUAUGAUCAAAAACCCUCUCAACGUUUGGUUGCCUGGGUAACAGGAGAGAGGCAGGGCAUCAUGGGAGCACGUUCACGAGGGCAAGAAACACGUCACUUAUUCCUGUGUUGUUGUUGUUGUUGUUGUUUAUUUGUUUUUUCACCGCUUAUUCCUGACAAACAUGAAAUACUACUUAAGUGAAAAAAAGGAGACAACGGAGGGGGGCGUGGGUUACUUGGUUUUGACCCGGAAGUGACAUCGACAAGUCCUUCCUGCAUCGAGACCGGCAAGAUGGCAGCGGACACGCAGGUUUCAGAUACACUGAAGAAAUUUGCUGUGAACAUAACUACAGCCAGUGUGAAGGAGCGUAAGGAGAUAUUUGGAGAGCUGAGGCAAUGUAUAAAGGGCAAAGAGUUACCAGAACCUGCCAUCAAAGGUCUAUGCAAGCUCUUCUGCCUCACUCCACACAGAUACCGGGAUGCUGCAUCGCGCAGAGAGCUCCUCUCCGUCAUUGCUCAGCUGGCUGACAGUCAGCCCGACAUCCUGGUGACCAACCUCCUCAACUGCCUGCUGAACAGUGGCGUCAUCAGCAAAAGUGGAGAGCCAAGUACAAGCUCCGGCUCUGCUGCCUUCAUCGGCUUGUCUUGGACCUGCCUUUUAGUCCACAGUGUGUUUUCUUCCCCAGAGAAGAGAGAAGGAGCCACCUGGAAGAAAAUGGUCGAGGUUCAGAGCCUUCUCGUGGCGGAGGUGGUGGGUGGAGCGAAGACCACAGCUCAGAAAUCAAGCCUGAAGAAUCUGAGCCACCUCUGGGAAGAAAAUCCUGGACUGGUGGAUCAAUACUUCACCACACUGCUGAGUCUGGACCAGAGCCCCACCACUCUGGCCAUGCUGGGGAUUUGUUUAGACUUCUGCACGGCUCAUAAAGACAAAGAGACAAUAGAGAAGCACAAGAGUGCCCUGUUGGACCUGUACAUAAAAUCAGUCCUCAUGAGCAAGACAAAACCACAGCAGCACAUUCUGGACAAAAGUGGCUCCCUGCUGCGUCACGUGUCUCACUCCGAGUUCAAGGAGCUGCUCCUCCCCACACUGCAGAAGACGAUGCUUCGCAGUCCAGAGAACGCCAUUCACACCAUUUCCUGCCUGCUGUCGGCUGUAACUCUUGACCUCAGUCAGUAUGCCAUGGACAUCGGAAAGGCCAUCGCGAGCCAGCUGAAAGCUAAUAAUGCCCAGCUGAUGGAGGAGGCGGUCCAGGCCAUGCAGAACCUGGCUCAGCAGUUCAGUGAUCCCUCUGCUGUGCAGGACAUCGUCACUCACCUCUUCAAGAUCCUCGGAGGUUCGGAGGGAAAGCUCACAGUUGUUGCUCAGAAGAUGAGUGUGUUGUCAGGGAUUGCCAGCUGCAGCCAUCAUGCUGUGUCAGGAACCUCCAGCCAGACUCUCAGCUCUGCAGUUGCUGUGAUGUUCAUCCCGUAUUUACAACAAGAAGUUCACGAGGGCACCCUGGUGCACGCAGUAUCUGUGCUCUCCCAGUGGAGCAGUCGCCUCACAGUGGAAGUUCCCACCGCUCUUCUGGAUUGGUUAAAGAAAGCCUUCACUCUAAAGACCUCCACCUCUCUGGUUCGACAGGCCUACCUUCAGACCAUGCUCGGGGCCUUCAGAGGCGACACUCUGGCCCAAGCCUCAGACCUCGUGCCUUUGCUCAUCCAAACAGUGGAGAAGGCUGUGGCACAAAACUCCCAGCAUGCUCUGCUCGCAGAAGGCGUAGCAGCUUCUGUUCUUUUGAGUCGACUGACGUUGCUGGAGGCACAGCCAGAGGCCAAGUUCUCCAGCUUCUGGAAUCUGAUCUUAGAUGAGAAGAAGCCGCUUUUCACGACAGAGAAGUUCCUCUCCCAGGCCAACGAGGAAACUCUGCUCACAGUGUUGCAGCUCUGUGAAAGGCUCUUCCUGGAUCACGCUCACAGGCUCAACUCCAGCAAGUCACAGAUGUAUCAUCACGCCACAGUUGCGGUUCUGCUCAGUCGCAGCUGGCGUGUGAGGAAGCGAGCGCAGCAGACAGUCAGGAAGCUGCUCUCCUCUCUGGGUGGCUCCAGUCUGGCCCACGGCCUUUUGGGAGAACUCCGCGUGGUCAUCAACAAACACAAAGUUUUGCCUCAGGAUGUCCUGGCAUCAGAAUCUGGAGAGCUCAGCGAGGUGGGUCGCAGCUACAUUCCUCCUCGCGCCCUGCUCGAAGCGCUGUGUGUCGUUUGCUCCGCUGCCAGCCAAUGGGGUGACCCCGCAGAAGCAGAGAAUCUGGCCAUGGAGACCCUCAUAGUCUGCCAUCAUCCAUCCGUCGUUGUAGCUCGCCGUGGACUCUGGCCUGUUCUGCUCCUCUCCAUGAAAAUCAAAGCCAAAGAAUUUAUAGAAAACAAUCUGGAGGCUGUUCUGCCACAUCUGCUGGAGGUCAACACGGACAAUCAGGCUGUGAAAAAUGCCGUCGGUGCCCUCUCCAGCCUCUCCCCUAACAAGCUGUUACCGCGUGUGAUCAGUCACGUCACCGAGGCGCUCUCCCGACCUGCUUUAUGCCACGUCACCAAGGAUGAGUAUGCCAUCAUGCUGACGCCCGACGGAGAACUGUAUGACAACAGCAUCAUCCAGAGUGCCCAGAAGGAAAGCACAAAGAAAGUCAACAUGAAGAGAGAGAACAAGGCGUACUCCUACAAGGAGCAGAUCAUUGAGCUGGAGUUACAGGAGGAGAUAAAGAGGAAAAAAGGCAUCAAAGAGGAACUUCAGCUAACAAGCAAACAGAAGGAAAUGAUGCAGAUGCAGCUGGAAAAGGAAGCAGCUAUUCGCAAAAGACUUUGUGGGCUGGAUGUGGAGCUGCAGAGUGCCGUCGGUCUGCUGGAAGCUCUUCUGAUAGAGAGACCAGCUCGGAUCACCCAGGAGCUCCCUCCUGUCCUCCAGGUCCUGAUUCCACUGCUACAAUCCCCUCUGGCUGCUCCACGCAUCCAUCAAGUCUUCUUGGACAUCGGAGUGUGCCUCAUGCCCAAACACCUUCACCAUCUCGCUGUUCUCGUCGGACAUGUGACUCUGCGGCUGCUAAAGCCAGAAUGCGAUCUGGACGAGGCCUGGGGACAGGAGGACCUGAACACAGCAGUUCAGCGCACCGUACUGCUGCUGCACAACCACACUGUCCCACAGAGAGAGGCCAAGGUUGCUGAUGUGGCUCCGCUGUCUGCUCCUGCUUUCUCCUUCUGCUUCCCUCUCCUCAACGCAAUGCUCCGGGAGUCCUCAGGCAGCGACGAGGAGACGGAGAACCUGAUGACCAAAGCCUUGCAAGUCAUCACAGAGCACUCCCAGCUUCGGGCCGAAACAGAAAGUGAUGAGGUUUUUAUAGACGAGAACGGCCCCGAGCUGCUUCCACGUGUCACCAUGCUGCUACUGCUGACCAGAAUUAUUUCUACAGCCACCCCGAGACUGCAGGUGUUAGCAGCUCAGUGCCUGACAGCCCUGUGUGCCAGCGCUGGAGGAGGAGACGGCUGCGUUGUGGCAGAGCAGCCGGAGAUAGACGUCCUGCUCGAGGCUCUCCUCUCACCCUGCUUCUCUGUGCGGGACGCUGCCCUCAGGGGAUUGUUGGAGAUGGAGUUUGCCCUGCCCACAGACAGCUCAGAGUCCAGCGGGUUGAGUCUGCUGCGCAGGCUUUGGGUUGCCAGGUUUGAUGUUGAAGAGGAGGGCCGAGCCUUGGCUGAAAAACUCUGGGAGUCUCUGGGUCUGGAGUUGGUCCCUGAGCUCUGCUCCCUGCUGAUCGGAGACAUCACCCACCACGAGGAGGCGGUCCGAUCUGCCAGCGCUGAAGCUCUGUCAAGUGCUGUGUCCGAAUACAGAGACCAGGCUCCCACCGUGCUCGGCCAGCUCACUGAGCUUUAUCACCAGAAACUCUAUAGACCACCUCCAGUGCUAGAUGCUCUCGGCAGAGUCAUCUCUGAAGCUCCACCUGACCAGUGGGAGGCCAGGUGUGGCAUUGCUCUGGCUCUGAACAAGCUGUCCCAGUACCUGGACGAAUCUCAGGUCACCCCUCUCUUCCUCUUCUUCGUCCCCGACGCUCUUAACGACCGCCACUCUGAGGUGCGGCGCUGCAUGCUGGACGCCGCCCUCGCUGCGCUCAACACGCACGGGAAGGACAAUGUGAGCUCCCUGCUGCCGGUGUUUGAGGAGUUUCUGAAGAACGCCCCCCAGGACGCCAGCUACGACUCUGUUCGUCAGAGUGUGGUUAUUCUCAUGGGCUCCUUGGCCAAACAUCUGGACAAAAAUGACCCCAAGGUCAAACCCAUCGUGGCCAAGCUCAUCACUGCGCUCUCUACACCCUCACAGCAGGUCCAGGAGUCGGUGGCCAGCUGUUUACCUCCUUUAGUCCCUGCCAUCAAGGAAGACGCUGCAGGGAUUGUGAGGAACCUGCUGCAGCUGCUGCUGGAGAGCGACAAGUAUGCAGAGAGGAAGGGAGCGGCGUACGGACUGGCUGGUCUGGUCAAAGGUCUCGGAAUCCUGGCGCUGAAACAACAGGAGAUCAUGACCACGCUGACCGACGCCAUCCAGGACAAGAAGAACUUCAGACGGAGGGAAGGAGCGCUGUUUGCCUUCGAGAUGCUCUGCAAUAUGUUGGGGAAGCUGUUUGAGCCGUAUGUGGUCCACGUGCUGCCACACCUCUUGCUCUGCUUUGGAGAUGGAAACCAGUAUGUGAGAGAGGCUGCAGAUGACUGUGCCAAAGCUGUGAUGAGGAACCUGAGCGCCCACGGGGUAAAGCUGGUUCUUCCCUCCCUGCUGGUGGCCCUGGAGGAGGAGUCGUGGAGAACUAAAGCCGGCUCGGUGGAGUUGCUCGGUGCCAUGGCGUUCUGUGCACCCAAACAGUUGUCGUCCUGCCUGCCGAGCAUCGUCCCCAAGCUGACCGAGGUGCUGACUGACUCCCACGUGAAGGUGCAGAAGGCCGGCCAGCAAGCACUCCGACUGAUCGGCUCUGUCAUCCGCAACCCCGAAAUCCUUGCCAUCACCCCCAUCCUGCUGGACGCCCUCACCGAUCCAUCCAGGAGGACCCAGACGUGCCUGCAGACGCUGCUCGACACCAAGUUUGUCCACUUCAUCGACGCCCCCUCCCUGGCCCUCAUCAUGCCCAUCGUCCAGCGAGCCUUCCAGGAUCGCUCCACCGACACUCGCAAGAUGGCGGCUCAGAUCAUUGGAAACAUGUACUCCCUGACUGACCAGAAGGAUUUGUCCCCCUACCUGCCGAGUGUUAUUCCUGGACUGAAGGCCUCUCUGUUGGACCCGGUGCCUGAGGUUCGAACAGUCUCAGCCAAAGCCCUGGGCGCCAUGGUGAAGGGGAUGGGUGAAUCCUGCUUCGACGACUUGCUGCCGUGGCUCAUGGAGACUCUGGCCUCCGAGCAGAGCUCUGUCGAUCGCUCUGGAGCUGCACAAGGUCUGGCUGAGGUCAUGGCGGGACUCGGAGUGGAGAAGCUGGACAAGUUGAUGCCAGAUGUGGUGCAAACAGCCAGCAAGGUCGAUAUCGCAUCCCACGUCAGAGAUGGCUACAUCAUGAUGUUCAUCUACCUGCCCCUCACCUUUGGAGACAGGUUUACUCCCUAUGUUGGACCCAUCAUCCCCUGCAUCCUCAAGGCUCUGGCUGAUGAGAACGAGUACGUGAGAGACACGGCACUGCGAGCCGGCCAGCGAAUCAUCAGCAUGUACGCCGAGACCGCCAUCGCGCUGCUGCUUCCUGAGCUGGAACAGGGCCUGUUUGAUGACCUGUGGAGAAUCAGGUUCAGCUCGGUGCAGCUGCUUGGAGAUCUGUUGUUCCACAUCUCUGGAGUGACAGGGAAGAUGACCACAGAGACCGCGUCUGAGGACGACAACUUUGGAACAGCUCAAUCCAAUAAAGCUAUCAUUGGAGCUCUCGGAGCUGAACGACGUAAUCGUGUCCUCUCCGGCCUGUACAUGGGCCGUUCAGAUACUCAGCUGGUGGUUCGACAGGCUUCACUCCAUGUGUGGAAGAUUGUGGUGUCCAACACCCCCAGAACUCUUCGAGAGAUCCUCCCGACUCUCUUCACUCUGCUGCUGGGCUUCCUGGCCUCCACGUGCCCUGACAAGAGAACGAUCGCAGCUCGGACGCUGGGUGAUCUGGUGAGGAAGCUGGGAGAGAAGAUCCUCCCUGAGAUUAUUCCCAUCCUGGAGGAGGGACUGCGCUCUGACAAGAGCGACGAGAGGCAGGGAGUCUGCAUCGGUCUCAGUGAGAUCAUGAAGUCCACCAGCAAAGACGCAGUGCUCGUGUUCUCUGAGUCGCUGGUCCCCACCGUGAGGAAGGCUCUCUGUGACCCUCUGGAGGAGGUCAGAGAGGCUGCAGCCAAAACCUUUGAGCAGCUUCAUGCGACCAUCGGUCACCAGGCGCUGGACGACAUCCUGCCUACCCUGCUCAAACAGCUGGAUGACGAGGAGACAGCCGAGUUUGCUUUGGACGGCCUGAAGCAGGUCAUGGCGGUGAAGAGUCGAUCUGUGUUGCCUUACUUGGUUCCAAAGCUGACUGCUCCUCCCGUGAACACCCGUGUACUGGCCUUCCUGUCUGCUGUGGCUGGAGACGCUCUGACACGCCAUCUUGGGGUCAUCCUGCCCGCCCUGCUCUCCUCCCUCAAAGGAAAGCUGGGAACAGAGGAUGAAGCACAGGAGUUGUGCAGCUGUCAGACAGUGAUCCUCUCAGUGGAGGAUGAAGUGGGCCAGCGGAUCAUCAUCGAUGACCUGUUGGAGGCCUCGCGGAGCCCCGACUCCGGCCUCCGACAGGCUGCCGUCACCAUCCUUAACGGCUACUUUGCCCGCACCCGCCUAGACUACAGCGCUCACACUCGCUCCCUGCUGUCAGGCCUCAUCCGCCUCCUCAAUGACUCCAACCCAGAGGUCCUGGCUCAGAGCUGGGACACCAUCAACUCCAUUACCAAGAAACUGGAUGCGAGCAGCCAGCUGGCUCUGAUCGAUGACCUGCAUCGAGACAUCAGAUCAGCAGCUGCAGAUGUUAGAGGCCAGCACCUGCCUGGAUUCUGUCUGCCCAAGAGGGGUGUGACCUGUAUCCUGCCUGUCCUGAGAGAAGGGGUCCUCACUGGUAGCCCCGAGCAGAAGGAGGAGGCAGCUAAAGCAUUAGGUGGCGUCAUCAAACUGACCUCGCCCGAGGCACUGCGGCCGUCUGUCAUCAACAUCACUGGACCGCUCAUUCGUAUCUUGGGAGACCGCUUUGCCUGGUCGGUGAAGACGGCUCUGCUGGAGACUCUCACCUUGCUGCUGGCGAAGGUGGGCAUUGCCCUGAAGCCCUUCCUGCCUCAGCUGCAGACCACCUUCCUGAAGGCCCUGCAGGACUCGAGCCGUGCGGUGCGGCUCAGGGCUGCCGAGGCUCUGGGUCAGCUGGUUUCCAUCCACACCAAAGUGGACCCACUUUUCACUGAGCAGCUUUCUGCCAUCCGCAACGCUGAGGACUCAGGAGUCAGGGAAACUAUGCUCCAAGCCCUGAGGUUUGUCAUCCAGGGGGCCGGGUCAAAGGUGGACCCAGCCAUCCGCAAGAACAUCACCACCACAUUGCUAGGCAUGCUGGGACAUGAUGAGGAUGCAACACGUAUGGCGUCAGCCGGCUGUGUUGGUGAGCUGUGUGCCUUCCUGUCGGAGGAGGAGCUGAAGAGUGUGUUACUUCAGCAUGUCUUAGCGGACGUGUCUGGUGUUGACUGGAUGGUGCGUCAUGGUCGCAGCUUGGCCCUGGCCAUAGCUGUGAAGGCGGCUCCUGAGAAGCUGUGUGGGAAGGACUACUGCGAUACUGUGACAGAGACAAUUUUGACCAACGCCACCGCUGACAGGAUUCCGAUUGCCACCAGUGGGAUCAGAGGGAUGGGAUUCCUGAUGAGGCACCAGCUCAGGACUGAGGGACUCAGUGUUUCCCAGCGAAUGAUCACACAGUUAGUGAAGUGUCUUCAGAACCAGUCGAGUGACAUCAGACUGGUGUCGGAGCGGGUGCUGUGGUGGGUGUUCAAAGACCCGACGAUGCCCCCCAUGGAGGUCGCCCUCAUCAAGCCCCUCCUGAAGGGUCUGCUGGACAACACCAAGGACAAGAACACCAGCGUCCGGUCUCAGAGCGAACACACCAUCGUCAACCUGCUGCAGCUCCGCCAGGGAGAGGAAACCAUGCAGGGACUUACUGCCAUUCUUGACUCUGCAAGUAACGACCUGCUGUCAGAGUGUCACCGCAGGUCCCUGAAGAAAAUCGCCAGCCUGCCAGACUCCAAUGAAGAGAUAGACGAUACGAUCCUAACGUGAUGGAGCAGGACUGAUCUAUGAAACGAUCUCUGCAGAUCUCCGCUGUACAACCCCAGACACGCUCACUACACAUGCCAAUGUUGCCCUUCGUGGACGGUGGCUGAGAUGGGCAGUGUUUCUCUCAUUUAUCCCCCAAUAAAUUCUUUUUUUUUUCUUUUUCUCACUUUGCAUCAUUGUUGCAACCUUUAAGCCCAAUUUAUAACUUUUUAUUUUAUUUUAUUUUACCUCGCAGUGUUGCAGGUUAUUCUCCUGUAAUGAACUACAUAAGGCAAAUUCUGUUUUGGAGUUUCAGUGUUUUGCUACUUGUUUUACCAAAACGAUUUCAGGCAUUUAAUAUGCUGCUUUAACGAAACGACUCCCCGGUGUUUAACUUGUAUUUGGACUUUGUGUGUGAGAGUUGUACGGGGCAAUAGAAACAUCUUAAUGAAAUCCUUCUUAUGUCAGUGACACAGUUGUAAAAAGGCAAUUCAAAAUAAAAAGAUCUUGAUUUCAUAAUGUAGUGUUUGAAACACUG